CGCAGAACUGCUAAAGGGCAGCUCGGUGCUGGGUCGGGGUCCUUCCUAUGCGGGCAUAGAGAGGAAGGCUGAGGGACCACGCGGACGAGAUUCCCAUCACAGAGACGGAUACGGCUGGUUUGUAAAUAUUUGAAUCACAUUAUGGGAUUGCUGGACAAGCUCUCUUGCUUGCUUGGCCUGAAGAAGAAAGAGGUUCAUGUUUUGUGCCUUGGACUGGACAAUAGUGGCAAAACAACAAUCAUUAACAAACUUAAACCUUCAAAUGCUCAAUCUCAAGACAUAGUUCCAACAAUAGGAUUCAGCAUAGAAAAAUUCAAAUCAUCCAGUUUGUCUUUUACAGUGUUUGAUAUGUCAGGUCAAGGAAGAUACAGAAAUCUCUGGGAACACUAUUAUAAAGAAGGGCAAGCCAUUAUUUUUGUCAUCGAUAGUAGUGACAGAUUAAGAAUGGUUGUGGCCAAAGAAGAACUUGAUACUCUUCUGAACCAUCCAGAUAUUAAACACCGCAGAAUACCAAUCUUAUUCUUUGCAAACAAAAUGGAUCUCAGAGAUGCAGUGACAUCUGUAAAAGUGUCUCAAUUGCUGUGUUUAGAAAACAUCAAAGAUAAACCCUGGCAUAUUUGUGCUAGUGAUGCCAUCAAAGGAGAAGGACUGCAAGAAGGUGUAGACUGGCUUCAAGAUCAGAUCCAGGCUGUGAAGACAUGAAAAGAUAGUGUUUGGAAAUCUCAGCAAUUUUCAAUUCAAAGAAUACACAUUUAAGGCAAUCUGAAUACGUCAGAGUUUUCAAAAGAUCUUUAUGUAUCCAAGAAUGCCUUGUAAUCUUCUGCUUGCAUUUAUGGACUCCAAAUGAGCUUUUUAAGAAUAUGGGACUUUAGGUAUGCUAAUCUGGCCGUUAAUUAUAUGAAAACUACAUCUUCUCUCAAAAGGGCGCCCUAGAAUUAUCAGCCUCUUGGUAAGGGUCUACAUUCAAUUUUAAUUAGAAUGUUUAAAAGUCAAAGUUAUUAGCUCAGUGUCUCAUCAUGCUUUAUUAUGUCUUUUAUUUUUAAAAUUGUCUGUUUUUAAAUUUUAGUUUAUGGUGUGUCUUUAAAGAAUGAAUUGUGCUUGUAAAAAAAGAACUUUAGAUAUUUAUAAGGGACCAUGGGUAAGUGAUAUAUAUUAAAUUUUUGCUGUAUGUCGCCAUUAAUAAAACAUAAAAUGUAAUGUACCAACUGGUGUGCUUUGUUUAUGCCGAAAACAAUAAUGCUGUGUUAAGAUGAUAUUUGGUGUUCUACUUUCAUUUUUAAAUGAUGUGAAACCAAAUUAAACUGAAUUUAUUCAUUCAAUAAAUAUUUACUGAACAUCUCUACACUGACCAGUCAGGAAUAGUCUUAGGCAAUGGAGGUACAAGGGAAGCAAGGCACAUAGUCUUUGCUUCAGAGAACCUAAAACUUAGUGAGUAAGAAUUUGA